UCCUGCAUGAAUUCUUGGUCCACCUCACCCCAGAGUCCAGCCUUUCUCCUUCAUAAUAUAGAUCAUUACGAGAAGAAAAGGAGAGAUUUGGUGUCCUUAAACAACAACCUGUCAGCAACAGAAACCAAGGAGUAUUGCUAACUUGUUAGUGGCUGCUUGUGGUUCGUAAAUUUCAUAGGGCUAAAAUCCGAGAAUUUCCAGGUUUUUGAGAAGAUGGGUGUUAUUGCUCUUGGUGAAGUGAAACCUACUAUAUCAGGGAAGAGAUCUUUCCGUCCAAGUCCAAGGCAUGCCACUGAAUGGCCUAUUUCUGAUGUUUCUAGUGAUCUCACCAUUGAAGUAGGACCUUCAAGCUUUGCACUUCACAAGUUCCCUCUUGUCUCUCGGAGUGGAAGAAUCCGUAAGUUGUUGACCAAAGUGAAGGAUGCAAUGAUUUCAAUUAUGAAUCUCUCUUCUAUUCCUGGUGGACCAGAAGCAUUUGAGCUAGCGGCAAAGUUCUGCUAUGGAAUAAAUAUCGAGAUUACGUUGUCGAAUGUCGCCAUGUUAAGAUGUGCAUCGCAUUUCCUGGAGAUGACAGAAGAGUUUGCGGAGAAGAAUCUGGAAGCUCGGACAGAAAGGUAUCUGAAAGACAUGGUACUCCCAAACAUAUCGAGCUCGAUAUCUGUUCUUCACCGUUGCGAAAACCUCUUGCCUGUAUCUGAAGAGAUCAACCUGGUUAAUAGGCUUAUCAAUGCAAUUGCCAAUAAUGCAUGCAAAGAGCAGCUCACUUCAGGCUUAUUGAAACUUGAUCACAACUUCCCAUCAAAAGCUAUAUCGAACACCGAACCAGAAACACCAUCUGACUGGUGGGGAAAGUCUCUGGCGGUUCUUAAUCUUGAUUUCUUCCAACGAGUUUUAACGGCCGUGAAGUCGAAGGGUCUAAAACAGGACAUGAUCAGCAAUAUUUUGAUAAAUUACACCCAUAAUUCUCUUCAAGGUCUGGUCGUCAGGGAUCAUCACUUGGUAAGGGGAAGCCUGUUGGACUUGGAGUUGCAAAAGAAACAAAGGGUAAUUGUUGAAGCCAUGGUUAGCUUAUUGCCGACUCAAUCAAGGAAGAGUUUGGUUCCCAUGGCUUUCCUCUCCAGCUUACUGAAAACUGCAAUUUCCUCAUGGGCAUCCACCUCUUGCAGAUCGGAUCUCGAGAGAAGGAUAGGCCUGCAACUAGACCAGGCAAUUCUUGAAGAUAUCCUAAUACCAGCCAAUUCAUAUGGAAACAAUCAUACAACCUUGUAUGAUACAGAGUUAAUUUUAAGGAUCUUCUCCAUAUUUUUGAACUUGGAUGAGGAUGACGAUGAGGAUAAUCUCAUGAGAGAUGAAAACGAAAUGGCAUAUGAUUUCGACAGCCCGGGAUCUCCCAAACAAAGUUCAAUCCUCAAAGUAUCGAAGUUACUGGACACUUAUAUUGCAGAAGUUGCACUGGACACGAAUUUACUGCCAUCAAAAUUCAUAGCACUAGCAGAAUUACUUCCCGACCAUGCUCGCAUCCUUAGCGACGGAUUAUACAGAGCUGUCGAUAUCUUCCUCAAGGUUCAUCCGAACAUAAAGGAUUCUGAACGAUACAGACUCUGCAAAACAAUAGAUUGUCAGAAAUUAUCUCAAGAAGCUUGUAGUCAUGCAGCUCAGAAUGAAAGGUUACCGGUGCAAAUGACAGUCCAAGUGCUAUAUUUCGAGCAAAUCAGGCUUCGGAACGCAAUGAACGGAGGACACAAUCAGCUCUUUUUCGGUGCAAUCAAUGGACACUUCCCUCAACGUUCGAGCAGCGGUGCAGGGAGUGGAGUCAUCUCGCCGAGAGACAACUACGCAUCGGUUAGAAGAGAGAACCGAGAGCUGAAACUCGAAGUUGCAAGGAUGAGAAUGAGGCUAACAGACCUUGAAAAGGAUCAUGUGUCAAUGAAACAAGAGUUGGUCAGGUCUCAGCCUGCUAACAAGAUAUUUAAAUCAUUCACCAAGAAAUUAAGCAAGCUCAACUCUUUAUUCAGGAUCAACAAUCUGAAGCCUUUAGGGGGUAAACCAAAUGCAGAAUCUCGGCUCUUGUUCCAAAGGCGAAGGCGUCACUCGAUAUCAUAGUUAACUAGGUGUGGAUAAACGGAAUGAAGAUAUAGUUCAUUAUAUGUGCUUGUAGUGUGUAUUUGUGGUCUAAUUGCAGGGUUGAUAGUGGCUAUAUAUAUAUAUAUAUGAUUUUUUCUCUUGAGUGUUGGAUUCUGGGGUUGCUUUGUUUAGUGAGAUCAUUGCCUUAACAUUUUUGGAAAGAGUCUUGAGAGAAGGGGCAUUUCUCAAUCAAAACCUGUGUAUCUUAAAUGUGCGACUGCGAGAAUCUAUAUAUGAAUUCAA